AUGACAUGCAAUCCUCAAUCGCCUGAAAUUAGGGAGAACCUUGAUGGAUGCCAAGUAGAGUAUCGACCUGAUUUAGUCGCUAAAACAUUUAGCUUGGACGUCAAAGAGAUCAUGAAGGAGCUGAUCCAUAAUAGUAUAUUUGGAAAUAUCCUAGCCUAUGCAGGCGUGAUUGAGUUCCAAAAAAGAGGACUACCACAUAUGCAUUUACUUGCAAUGUUGAGUGAGGAAGAGAAGCCUCGACUUCAAGGAGUAAUUGACAUGAUGGUAUGGGCUGAAAUUCCUGACGAAGAAAUAUAUCCAGAACUUAAUGCAAAAGUUCUGAGGCAUAUGAUUCAUGGACCAUGUUCUGACCUUUCAACGAGAUAUUCUUGCACUGGGAACGAUGGAAAAUGCUCAAAAGGCUUUCCAAAAGAGUUUCGAGACGAAACAAAUGCUAAUGUAAAUGGAUAUCCCAUGUAUCAACGAAGGAAUACUGGGAAAAAAUACAUUGUCAGAGGAAAAGAAGUUGACAAUCGAUGGGUAGUGCCAUAUUCGCCAUUUUUAAUUAUGAAAUAUGAUCGGCACAUAAAUUUGGAAAUAUGCUCAUCGGUGAAGAGCGUAAAAUACUUAUACAAGUACAUUCACAAAGGAUUUGACUGUGCUGCAAUUGAGGUGCAAGCACGAGAUGGCACAAGGUUCAUUAAAGUUGAUGAAGUUAAUUCGUUCAUGGAUGCAAGAUAUGUUAGUGCUCCAGAAGCAAUGUGGAGACUGAAUGGAUACGAUCUGUUUAUGAAGUCUCACACAGUAAUUAGACUGGCAGUUCAUUUGCCUAAUCGCCAAAUGGUUUAUUUCCGUGCAGGAAAUGAAGAACAAGCUGCUCAAAGAGAGCUCAAUCGAGAAACUACAUUGACUGCAUGGUUCAAAUUGAAUCAAUCUGAUGAAAAUGCGAGGAAAUUUCUAUACACAGAUAUACCUUCUCAUUAUGUUUUUGAAAAAAAGGAAACUAAAUGGAAGCUACGCCAAAAAGGAGUUAACAAAAUAAUUUCAAGGAUGUACACAGUGAGUAUCAGAGACACUGAAAGAUUUUAUCUCCGUCUACUUCUCCUUAAUGUGACUGGAGCUAAAAGUUAUGAGGAUGUGAGAAGUGUCAAUGGAGUUCUUUAUGAGACAUUUAAAGAUGCGGCAAUUGCAAAGGAUUUGGUAGAAACAGAUGAUGUUUGGGACAAAACUUUGGAAGAAGCGACAGAAUCACAUAUGCCUGCACAAAUUCGAGAGCUAUUUGCCUACAUUUGCAUUUUUGGAACACCAAGAGAUGUAUUAACACUUUGGAAUAGAUACAAAGACAACAUGAUUGAGGACUAUAUACAUAACAAUGUUGUCGAUCCUGAAAAUAUGGCUUUGAUUUAUAUAGAGGAAAUUUUGAAAAUUAAUGGGAGUAACUGUAUAAAUUUUCAAUUGCCAAAUCCAUAUCAGGUAAAUAUUGACAUGACAGAAUAUAAUGUGGAGGAGGAAAGGCAAUGUGGUAACUAUUUAUUAUCAACACUAAAUGAGGAACAAAAAAAAGUGUAUGAUUUAGUAAUGACAGCAAUUGACAAUGAGUAUGAACCAAGGAGGUUAUUUUGUAUUGAUGGGUUUGCCGGUAGUGGUAAAACGUACCUGUUUAACACAUUACUGAGGGUAAUCCGAGGAAGAAACGAGGUGGUUCUACCAUGUGCCUCAACUGGCAUUGCUGCGACACUUCUAAAGGGAGGAAGAACCUAUCACUCCAUGUUCAAGUUAUCCAUCCCAAUUGAUGAUGGUGCUAAAUCUAAUAUUAGAGAAAACUCUCUAGCUGCGCGAGAACUGAUUGCUGCAAAACUAAUCAUAUGGGAUGAGGUGAGUAUGACUGUAGGACAUGCUCUAGAAGCAGUAGACAAACUCCUAAGGGAUCUAAUGAAGAAUCCAGGAUUAUUUGGCGGAAAAGUAAUUUUAUUUGGAGGAGAUUUCAGACAAAAUCUACCUGUAGUGCCUCAUGCACACAAAGCUGCGAUAAUUGAGUCGACUGUAAAAUUUAACAAUAUAUGGAGAAAUGUAAUUCAAUUUAAACUAAAGCAAAAUAUGAGAACUGGAGAAGAAAGAGAAUUUGCAAACUGGUUGUUGGAACUCGGCGAUGGUAAAUUGUCAAAUAUGGAUGAUUUAGGUCCUGAUACAAUAGAAAUUCCAGAGGAUUUUAUAUCAGAACAAUCUCUUAUAACUGAAAUUUUUGGAGAGAGAAUCACUAUUGAAGAGGUUCGACAAAAUCAAGAUAGAGCAAUACUUUGUCCAAAGAAUGAGGAUACGUUUAAAAUUAAUGACGAAAUCCUUGGAUUAAUGGAAGGAGAUGAAAAGGAGUAUCUCUCAAUUGACUCAAUUAUAAGUGAUGAUCCACAGGAACAAUUGAAUUUUCCGACUGAGUUUUUAAACUCUUUGACACCGUCUGGAAUGCCAGUUCAUCGAUUAAAACUAAAGAUAGGUGCUACAAUUAUUCUAUUAAGGAAUUUUAAUACGAAGAAAGGACUAUGCAAUGGCACAAGAUUCAUCGUAAAUGAUUUAAAAUCUAAUCUGAUUCAUGCGGAGGUAUUGACUGGCCCUGCCCGAGGUCAAACAGUUUUUCUCCCAAGGAUUAAUUUCCUUCCAAAUGAGUCUGAAAUUCCGUUUAAGUUAAAAAGGAGACAGUUUCCUAUUAGAGUGUCAUUUGCUAUGACAAUCAAUAAAUCACAGGGACAAACUUUAGAAAGAGUUGGAAUUUAUUUGCAAAAUCCAGUAUUUGCACAUGGACAACUCUAUGUAGCAUUUUCUAGAGCAACAAAAAGAGAUAGUGUGAAAGUUAAGGUCGUUGAAGACAAAAAUCAAGGACAUCUAAUUAAGGGAAAUUCUAAAGUAUUUACGAAAAAUGUUGUAUACCGAGAAAUUUUGUAA